AUGCAGAGACAUGAACGAGUACCUUCGCACAUGAACUUGUAUGACUGGGACUCGGAGCCUGAAGCGAAUCAUUGCCCCAUCCUUUGUCGUGCUUCUCUUGAUGAUAGCAAGCAAAAUGAGCCAACCCCAAAUUCAGCUCUGAUGAUUAGAAGAAGAGAUCUUUUAAUUCCGAAUACCAUGGUACCUGCUAGCCCAAUUCGUACUGUACAUUUACUCGCUGAGAAACCUAAAGAAAUUGUUAAUAAUUUCGGUGAUCAAUUAAACACUCUUCCAAGCGAUCCAAAGCUUCUUAAAGAAGUUGAAAAUUAUGAUAGAUGUUUUUGUAUUGACGCUAUUCUUUCAACCGAUGAAUGUGAGCAAUUAAUACAAGCGACAGAACAACUUGGAUAUCAAGAUAUUGAUCAAGAAUAUUUAAAAGAAUAUAGAAAUAGUCAGAGAGUGUUGGUGAUUAGCAAGAAGCUUGCAAAUUUGUUGUGGGCAAGAAUUGUCCCUUUUAUGCAGUUAUCUGAUUAUGAAGGAGUGAAACCAUAUGGAUUUGAUAAUAAGGGGAAAUGGAAACCUAUUGGUAUCAAUGAAUGUCUUAGAUUUAACAAAUACUCAGAAGGAACUUUUUUCAAACCUCACAUGGAUGCUCAAUUUAUCAGAAACGACAAUGAGAAAAGUAUUUUCACUGUAUUGAUUUAUCUAGAUGAUACAAAAUAUGGCACUAAUCUGCUUAAAAAGGUCUCAAUGAAUGGAUCCAAUAAUGUCAUGAGCUUUAGAACACUUGGCUGUAUUGCACCAAAACGUGGAACUGCAGCAAUAUUUAACCAUGAUUUAUAUCAUGAAGGUAAUACCGUUCUAAAUGGAAGUAAAUACGUGUUAAGAACAGAAUUAAUCUUUAGAAGAGUAGAUUCAACUAAUAUUUAUAGAGAUAAUUUCAAAACCUCAAAAGAGUUUUUGAAAGUUAAGAAGUUAAUUGAUGAAAGCGAUGAAUUAGAAAAACAAGGUAAAAUCAAAGAAUCAACAGAAAAAUAUUUAAUAGGCCAUGAGCUUCAAGUAGAAUUCUCACAUUCUAUCAAAUCAAAGCCAAAAAAAUUGAGUAGCCUUGAGAAAUGUCUUCCUGAAGAAAUAUUCGCAUUGAUAUUUAGCUUCUUGCGCCCUUAUGAAAUUUGUCAAACCAUUCUUCACAUCAACUCAACAAUCAACUCAUAUGCAAGAAAUGAAUUACUAUGGAAGAAGCUGUACGAAAAUAACUGGCCAACUCAAGACCAUGCAAUCACAACACGACCUUCUAAUACUUAUUCAAAUUUUUAUGGACACAACUCCGUUACUACUGAGACAAUUGAGCUAUGUGUUUGUACAGAGAACCAAUUAAUUUCAAAAUUACAGAGCUUAAGCAUUAGUGAUGAAAAAGAUUGGUAUCACGCCUUUAUAACACGCUCUAACAUGGAAUCCUUCUUCUGCCCAGUUAUACUUGCUCCUGGAACUUAUUAUUAUCGAUAUGGCCUAGCAAAUGAAAAUAGCUUCUUUGCGAGUAGAAGUUUAUGUUUAGUGCCAUCUUAUGGACACUUUUCAUUUAUUGGAUAUGGUUAUGAUGAUUUGAUUUUUGGAGAUAAGGUGAAAAUGAGACGUCUUGGCAAAGAGAAACCUCUUUUCAGGCCAGAUGGAAGCAUUGAAUCUAUUGAAAAUUUUACAUAUCUCAUCAAUCAAAUUUAUGAUGAAGAUUUAAGCGUUUCAUAUGAAGAUCAUCCUUUAAUGAUUUGUGUUCCUCCCUCUUGGACUGAGGAAGAAAAGAAUGAACUGAAAGAACAUUUGCUUUGCUCCACAAGCAUUCCAGCAAUUGCAAUGAUUGACUGUUCAGUCUGUUUAUCGUUGUAUUAUCAAGCUCCAACAUGCUUGAUCAUUGAUUUAGGGCCAGCAGGAGUGAGAUGUUCAUUGGUUGUGGACAAUCAUGCUCAACGAGAUAAGGAAGUCAUAUUCACUCCAGAUAUCAAGCAAGAAAUGCAGAAUUUACGAAAACCUAGAUAUUAUGACGACUUUGCAAAGGAUUUCUUGAAAUCGGCAAUCUUACCGCUUCAGUCUGAGUGUGACAAUCCUUCUGAAUUUAAAAAGUUUGUUUCGAGUGUUCCAGCCCAUAAUCUCGUCUACGAUUUUGGAAACGAAAAUCAGUACAUUGAUGGCCCUGUCAGAGUACGAUUAGGCGAAUGGUAUUUCAGUCAAAUUAUUCCUCACAUUGAGGAAUUUAUGAUCAAUGUUUGUACGUUAGAAAACUACAAAGUGAGAAACCUGUUACUUUCAAAUAUUAUUGUAGUUGGAGGAUUUUCUCAUAUCAAUGGCAUUCGUAACAGACUUACGUGUCGCUUGAAGACCUUAGUUCAAUCGGCUGUGUCUGAGGACUUGGAAAUCUCAAUCACUUUCCAACAAGAAAAGCAAAAACCAGUUUUAGAAAAGUGUGACAAAGUGAAACUAGCAAGAAGAGAAGCCGAUAUGGAUGUAGUACAAGGAGCUAAAAUAAUGUGCAACCUUAGCAACGCAAGAGAAUAUUUCGAGAACAACCCUCAUAUCGAUGAAUAA